UUCCUUAUACACCUGCCUUAUUUGAAUGGGUCUCUGUAAUUUUGAUGCUAUAUACCAAGAAAUUAGGAUGUUAUAUAUAAAAAGCUCGUGCUUUUAAUUAUCAAUAUACAUGUAACAUGCAUUCCUAAUUACUUCUUCGGGGUCCCUAUUCUGAGCAAUUAAACCAAGUUUAAGUAAAAUGUACUAAUUUAACAUUUUUACAGGAAAAAAAAGUCCCAAAGCAAUGUACAUAAAACGAUGAUUUCUGAAAUUGAGAAUAAAGGUAAUAAAAUAAAGAAAAACAACUUGUUAGAAAUGUAAGUCAAAAAAAUCACUACUUGAUUUCAAUCCAGAUUCAAAACUGUCUGAUUAUGAGACUUUCAAGAACAUAUUUUGGAAGAUUUCUUUAAAAAGAAAAUGCAAAUAUAGAGAGAAACAAACUUUGGCUUUAAAAAAAUAACAGAAUUAACUCUGCUCUGGUAAAUGACAACUAAACGGCAAUUAUUAUUUCUUCUCAUUGGACUUUGCUUUAAAAGCUGAUCAAUUUCAAAACAGUGAAAAAAAAAAUUAACUCUAUUCUCUGGCAGGGAGGCUUGAAUAGUGGAGGGCAAUUCUGUGGAGCAGCAGAUUAUUUUGGGCUGUUAGGCCUUUGCAGCGCUGAGUGAGCAUUGGACGGCCAAAAACAGCUCAGGGAGGAGAAGGGAGCUCGUUCAGUGGGAGAGACAGGGGGAGUUAGGAGAGGGAGAGACUGGAACAGCGACCAAACAUGGCCAGUAAAGUAAUGGACCUCAUCUACUGGAAGGACACAGAGAGAAGUGGCAUGGUGCUCACAGCCUUGGUGGUGGGCUUACUUUCCCUGUUCCAGCUCAGCAUCAUCUCUGUGGUCUCCACCGUCUCCCUGGCAGUCAUGUGCUUCACCAUCUCUGUACGCAUCUACUACCUGUUUCUCCACGUCCUCAGCUGGGGGGACGGAGAACAUCCUUUCAAAUCAUACUUGGAUCUUGACAUCAGUUUAAGGGGAGAGCAGGCUGACAUCUACAUGCAAAAAGCCAUUGUUCUGGCUCUGUCUGCUGUUGAUGCCCUGAGGAGGCUGUUUUUUGUAGAAAAUCUUUUUGAAUCCCUCAAGUUCCUGUUUCUGAUGUACCUUGUCACAUAUCUGGGAGGCCUUUGCAAUGGCCUCACCAUCCUCAUCAUCAGUGUGAUUGCUCUCUUUUCUUUACCCCUUUUCUACGAAAGACGGCAGGAGCAAGUGGAUGGCUUUAUUGGAAAAAUUCAGGCCCAAAUUGACAGCGUGAAGGACUUUCUGCGAAGACUUGCCCAAGGCGGCGGCCCUCCUCUUGAUACAACUCCUGGUGGUGCCAAGCCUAAAACCCAGUAAAGUCUUAAGGACAUUUAGGAGAAGCUACCAGAGUUGCAAUUGCCACUCAAUGUCUUACUCAGCAGUCUGUCCCUUAGACCUCCAGCAGAUGGCGCUGCAGAAACUGGGAACCUGAAGAAAAGAGCAGUGAUGUUCUGUGUACUAAGACUGUGUCUCAUUUCUAGAGGUUAGAAGAUGGCUCUCAGACGCUCUUAAGGUGAAGUAAGAGUGUUUUUGUGUUACAAAGGAAAUUCGAUGAGCAUCUUAGAGCUCUUGUACUAAUGUGCAAAAGAACACGAGUGGGAAUUUCUCACCCCGACUUGAUGAGUCAGGUGAUUUAACGUAUUUGAGAGAACAAAAACAGGGAUCAUCAUGGCAGCAUAAAAUGACCACAUCUACUUCUUCUUCUUCUUUCAGAUACAUUUUCAUCCUCACAACUGUUUAUCUGCAUGAAUGCCAGUGUAUUGAUUUGAAUGUGUGCGUCUGCUCUGACAAAUUUACUGAAUAUGAAUCUGUUGACCCCAACUAAAACAAAUUUCUUCUUUAUUUCUAAAAUGUACUGUUUGUUGUCACCCCAGCUGUCAUUCUCUUUCCUUUACACUUCUUCUGGGACUUUGGUUUUUUGCUUCGCCCUGUCUAGGUGCAGCGAGAAAGCAGAAAGACAGAUGAGAUUUGCAAUAAUUUUGCUCAAUGCGAUGCACCUGCAGUGGAAGCAAAAUCAUGUUCUCACAAGUUCUGACGUGAUGUUUUAGUUGCUGUGUGUUUGUUUAGUGAAGGGUUUAAGAUUUUAAACAGUCCUCCCAGUGCUCUUAUUGUGCUCUUCUCCAGAUGUUGAUGAACUCUGAAAAGUUGAGCAAGCGACAUACAGCAGGUGCCUUUUUGACCGCAGGUGCAUGAUAUCAUCACAGUACUUACAGCAACCAUGUCUCUGACCAUCAACUCACACAGAAUGCUGUUUUGUGCGAUUACCUUAUUAUAUAUACACUUGUGUACGCGGAAUCUUAAAUCUUAAACGAAAUUGUAACAAAAUCAGUUUCAGGACUCUCAAAAGUAUUCAGGAUGCUCAGCUAUAUAAAUCUAAACUUUCUUUCAGCUAAUGCUUCAAAGCGUCACAUUACUCCCAUGCCUUACUGUUAUCCAGCUCAUGCAUCCUAAAGAGAAGCAAAGACGUGUCAGCAGAUGUAAACUCCAGUAUGAUGGCCUGUAAGCCUCAGACAUGCUGAUGCCUAUAAAUGACCCUCAGUAGCUGAAAACUCAUCUUUUCUUUUGUGUUUUGGGCUUCGAGUUAGGAUUAUUGCAGCAUUAUUUCAAAAUGUGUUCAAUGUGUUCCUCUGCAAUGGCGUUUGGAUGUAUGGUGCCUUGCAAAAUCAUUUAUAUCUGCUGAACCUACUCACAUUUUUGCCAAGCUGCAAUCAGAAACUUCAACGUUUGAUUGGGAUUUUAUGAAAUAGACCAACACAGAACAGCUCAAGCCCAGUUUGAAUGGAUAGAGUAUCUGUGAACCGUAGUUUGCUACAGAUUCUCCACUGGUUUGAACGUGUGGCGAUUUUUUUGAUCUCAACUGUUUUGUUAUGGCUCUGGCUAUAUGUUUGGAGACAGAAGGUGAACAUCUGCCCCAGCAUUACAGUGUUUUGCAGUCUAAUAUGACAUUUACUGAAAGUCUUUUGUAUUUAUCACUGUUAUCAACACUCAGCAGCUUCCAUCUUAAGGAUGAGGGAAACAAGGACAACUUUUCCGUUAACAGAUUUUCCCGCGAGAGCUGAGGCCCAAAGUUAUCAUGGCUGCUUCUGAUUAAUUUUCUCCUUGUCUGACCUGUGAGUGACCUCCAUGUUUUGAUGGCUUUGCAGUCGUGUCAUUCUCUUUACAUUUUUCAGUCGCUGAGCUAAAUAGCGCAUCGUAAGAGAAAAGCGCAAAGCUUAUUUGGUAAGCUAAACCUGAUUAAAGAGCCUCCUCACCUUUGUCCCUGACCUGCCUGCCGUGCUCCUUGGUCUCUAUGAUGUUUUUUGUUUUCUUUCACAUAUUAUAGAUUGCUUCGCAUUGGUCUCUCACAUAAAAUCUCAACAAAUUACAUAAAAAAGUGUAGUUAUAAUAUGAUCAAAUUCAGCCUCUACCAUCUUCCCCCACUACAUUGCCUUUCUGCUAGCUUUUUAGAUGUUAGCAUUAAACACAAAGAAUAAUUAAGACUUGGUUUUCCACUUUGCCUCAGCGUCUUUCCUAACACUUUUCUCUGGAUGAAUUAAUAUCAGCUCCUGUGCAUAAAAUUAGUACAAGCCAGGUUUACUGACAAUGGUUUUUCUGCGAUUAUGCCUAUAAACAUGUUUGUGUUUCUGGAAUUAAAAUGAGCAUUUCUCCCAAAGCAACUCUUAAUACGUCCUGGUUCAGUCACUUGAUCUAUUGCUACAAUUAAAACAUUAAAAUAUUGUCUUCAUCUUGUGCUCUGUACUUUACGUUUCACCCAGCGUCUCAACCCCUCUGGAUACAGGGUUGUAAGUCCUAACCUGAAGUGACAUUUAGUCCUUUUAAAACCAAUGAUGGUAUGCAUUGUAGUUGUACACCAAUUAUUUUGUAUUCUGGAUCACCAGACUUUUAUCCUUUGAAGAAUAAACACAUGAAACUCUC